CUCGGCGAGCAAAGCGUUGGGAAGACUUCCUUGAUCACCAGGUUCAUGUAUGACAGCUUUGAUAACACCUACCAGGCAACAAUUGGCAUUGACUUCUUAUCAAAAACUAUGUACCUGGAAGAUCGCACAAUCAGGUUGCAGCUCUGGGAUACUGCGGGUCAGGAACGUUUCCGUAGCCUCAUUCCCAGUUACAUCCGUGACUCUGCUGCUGCUGUAGUAGUAUACGAUAUUACAAAUGUAAACUCAUUCCAGCAAACCACAAAAUGGAUUGAUGAUGUCAGAACGGAAAGAGGUAGUGAUGUCAUCAUAAUGCUUGUAGGAAACAAAACAGAUCUAGCAGAUAAGAGACAAGUAUCUAUUGAGGAAGGAGAACGGAAAGCCAAAGAGCUGAAUGUAAUGUUCAUUGAAACUAGUGCAAAGGCAGGAUACAAUGUAAAACAGCUUUUCCGACGCGUGGCCGCUGCUUUGCCUGGAAUGGAGAGCACGCAGGACAAAAGCAGAGAAGACAUGAUUGACAUCAAACUUGAAAAGCCUCAAGAGCAGCCAGUCAGCGAAGGAGGCUGUUCCUGCUAAUAGUGUGUGGGUUUUUUCUUCCUUCCUCAGACCAUCACUGGCUUCUCCCUCCCCUCCCCCCCCUCCCUC